AUGAAGUUCACAACUCUCCUUUCUAUGGCCUCUGUGGCCAUGUCUGCCGCCGUCACUGUGGAGAUUCACUCUACGGUGCUAGAAACCGUGUUCGAAACAGCCUCUGAGACGAUAAUUUCCGACGCCGCAACCCCCGAACCCUCCCCCACAGUCAGAUAUGUUACCAUUCUGCCCAAACCCUUUCCUGCAUUCAACGGCGUUGCCCUGAGCGGCACUGUCCACAACAAGCGAGACACCGUCGAGACUUCUGUCGACUGCAAUCUCGGACUGGCCUCUGCCUCUGCUGCUGCUCUCCGGGAGCAAAGUUCAGCUGGUACCUCGUCCGCAGCAUAUACCGCAACCUUAACUUCUGGUAGCAAUCUUAGCUCCGAGACCCACACCAUUGAGGUUUCUUCUUCUACUUCUUCCAUUCCCGAACCUGCCACCGCAUCAAUUGAGACCGAGCCUAACCCCAGUCUCAUCCCCCUCUUUAUCCCCGUUCACCAGGAAGACUCCACCACCGACACUACCACCGACACUCACAACAUGGGACUUGGAACCAAAAUCAGAGACAUGGUCAACAACGUUGGCCCCGUGGCCGCUGCCGACCUCAGCAAGCCCAACCAGGCUCCCAAUGACCGAACCAUCUUCCAGUCGCGAAACAACCAUGGCCCCAACAUUGGCUCCAUGUUCCUUCUCGAGAAGUGGCUGACCCCUGGCAUGUUCCCCGACUCCGCCAAGGGAGACGCUGAGCUCGACGCUGUGACCGCUCUCGUUGCCGAACAGGGUGCCGGCGGCGCCCAGAAGAAGUUUGAGGACCACUGGAACACCUGGAUCACCGACGACGACUUCUCGUACCUGCAGUCUGUGGGAGCCAACGCCAUCCGAGUGCCCAUGGGCUACUGGACCAUCAACGGAGGCGCCUUCACCCAGGGCACCCCCUUCCAGCAGUACCAGUCCGUCUACCAGAACGCCUGGUCCAUUUUCAAGACCAACAUUCUCGACAAGGCCCGAGCCGCCAACAUUGCUGUUCUGAUUGAUCUGCAUGCCGUUCCCGGCGGCGCCAACGGAGACGCUCACUCUGGAACCUCUUCCGGUAAGGUCGAGUUCUGGGACUCUCGAAGCGACCAGAAGAUUGCUAUUGACGCUCUCCAGUGGGUCGCCAAGGACGUGCUUUCAUACGACAACGUUCUCGGUAUCGAGGUCGUCAACGAGGCCGUCUACGACGCUUCCACUUCCAAGGAGGGCUCUUACUACCUGCGAGCUCUCGAGGCCAUCCGACAGGUGAACCCUGACGUUCCCGUCUACAUCUCCGAUGGCUGGGCUCCUACCGAAUGGAACGAGUGGGUCCAGGAGCAGAACCAGAAGCUUUCUGCCGGUCAGAACACUGGUUUUGUUGUCGACUCGCACGUCUACAAGGCCUUCUCCGAGCAGGACAAGGGCAACUCUCCCCAGCAGAACAUUGCCAACGUUCCCGCCUACCUCAAUGUUGGAAAGGCCCAGGCUGAUUCUAUUGUCGGCGAGUUCUCCUGUGUCUUCUCCGAGGAGACCUGGGCUAAGGCCGGCGGUGAGGACCGAGAGCAGCUUGCCAUCAAGUACGGCCAGGUUCAAAUUGAGUCCUUCAACCAGAAUGCCCGAGCCGGAUGGUUCUUCUGGACUUACAAGUUCCAGUACGGCGAUGGAGGCGAUUGGGGCUUCAAACCCAUGACCCAGAAGGGCGCCCUCCCGACCUUCUCCAACGGAGGCUCCAACAAGGAUCCCAAGGCCGGCAUCAAGGAGGCAGCCACCAAGGCUACCGAGGAGCACUCUGCCUACUGGGACCAGCAUCAGGGUAACUACGAGCACUGGCGAUACGCCGAUGGAUACGUUUCGGGAUGGCAGGACGCUGCCGCCUUCUACGAGUUCCACGGCUCCACCAUUGGCCGAAUCAACGCCUGGCAGGACGCCCGACGAGCCCAGCACAUUGCUGCUAAGGGUAACUCCGGUGCCAUCUGGGAGUGGGACCAGGGCUUCGACGCUGGUAUUCAGGGUCUGCUCAACUACAUGCGAUCUUAA